GUCGCUACGUAGCGACCGAACGAAAGAUUUGGACGGUCGCUACGUAACAACCGGCUCGUUCGCGAACCGGUCGCUACGUGGCGACCUUAUUUGGAUCCUUUUCUGAUGUUUUAUGAAAGUGUUCUUGGACUAUGGGUGUUUAGUUUCGAUGAAUCAACCGAGAUUAGUGCAAGAUUUCACUCCAAAGUUCUUUGUAAAGAUUUAUUUACGAAGAUUACUUUUCGUAAAAACGUUCAUGCUGAUUUUUACGGAUAUUUGGAUGUUAACUUCGUCUUGUCCGUUUUUGACCCCAACACCACUUGACGAUCGUUGAGCGGUCUGUGAGUUCGGUCUGGUUACUCUGAGCAUGCUUUUAGACGAUUGGUCAUUUUGGUGUUUCAGAUAAGUCUUUCCAAGAAAUUUAUUGUAAAAAUUCUUUUCAGUAAUUUGUACAAAAAUUACUUCUUUGAAAAGUAUUUUUCAACGACUUUCAAGCGGUAAUUCCGUCGUCAUCGUUUUUAACCCCAACAGUUAACCUUAAGGGUAUAAAUGUCUUUUACUUUUCAUUAAAAGUGAUGGUAAAAAUGGUUUGUAUAAACAUGAAAAGUGAUACUAUGAAUGUAGUAUUUGUGGUAAUUAUUACACAAAUUUAUAUUUUACAGCAACACUAACAGUUUGUUAAACUUGAUCCGGAACCUCCAAAAUCUCUAAAUUAUUGUCCAAACAAAUUGUGUGUAACCGAAGAUGGUUGUUGUUAUUUUUUUGAAGUCUUUUCGUACGAUUAUUUUUUGUUCAGAUCGACUCUAUUCAUGAUUAUUAAUAUCAUCAAUACAAAUUAAGUCUUUUAGCAAUAUUUUUUUUUUCAUUUUUUAUUUUCUUUUUCAGAUCUAAUGUAUUUACAAGUAUUAAUAUUACCCAAUUUCAACAACCUUUAGCUCGUAAUCUACAAAUUAAAAAUAAAAAGAGUUAUUUUUUAUUUCGAAAUGCACUGUAUGAUCAUAUAUGCAUCACAUAAAUAAUUUAUGGAAUAUUGUGGUAUUUCGCAUAAAUUUUAAUAUUAAUUAUGGUAUUUCUUACUAAAAUUUUAUAUUUCAGUAUAACAUUUUACUAAUUAAUAUUGUUUUAAUAUUUUGAUAUAUUUGCUCGUAAAAGUUUUAUGAAUUUAAAUUAAUUGUGACAAAUAUAAAGACAAUAGUAUAAAUAUAAAUAGUUUUGAAGUUAAGAUUAAAGUUUUGGUUUUGGAGAACAACAUCUUUAAAGUUUAAAUAUGGAGUUUUAAAAAUUUCAAAAUAUAUUGUCUUUUUGGAGAUGUCCUAAAAAUGUGAUAUUUUAGGCAAUUUACCAAAUAUAUUCAGAGAUUUAUCAUACUCGAAGAAAUCCAACACUACUUUUAGAACUAGUUUAAAGAAAGUAAAAAUAAAAGUAAAACAAAACCAAUUAUAAUGUUUAAAACGAAUGCCAAACAAAACAAAUAACUAUACUUAUGCAUCCUCUUGUUAACACCAAGCAUCGUGGUUGAACAUUGCAAAGCAUCAUCCGGAUAUGAAAUAUUAUCUUGUUAACACCAAUCACCACCAACCUUUUAUUAUUGCUCUUUUUAGAGUUGAACAUUGCAAAGCAUCAUCCGAAUAUGAAAUAACAUCACCAGUAAAUCAAAACUGUCAUAAAUAUUCUAAAAUAAAGAGAUUAGAACAACAUAUACACAUAUUGAAUAUGAAGCACAUGUUUUUUUGGUAAUAAUGUUUUACAAAGGAGGAUAACCUAUUCUUAGAACAAUCUACAUUGAUGAACACAAAUUUAUGUUCUAAACACGUUUUUAUUUUCUUUGUAACCUAUUUUUUUAUUAUAUUAAUUAUAACUAAUUAGAUAAUGUCGACAAAAAAAACUAAUUAGAUAAUAACUUAUUUAUAUUUUAUAAUGAUUUUUGAUUUGUAAAAUUGAAAAUUAGGAGUUCCAACUUUUAUUUCUUUCGAUAGAAACAUUAUAUUGGAUUCAAUAUUGAUUGACAUCUAUAGAUCCAAAGUGGAAUUUAGCUAAUAUAAUACAACAAAACAAAAAAAAAGUUUGGAGUUUCUUCACAUGGUCGAUAUCCAGACAUGAAGAUUGCAUUAAGAAGGUUCGGAAGAAAGCUUGUUCAGAUUUUAAUUCUAUGUAUCACAAUUAUUUUAUUUUAAAUUUGUAUUUGGUUGUAUUUUUAUUAUUUUAUGUGUAAUGUUGCUUUAUAUAUAAAUAAAAUAGUUGUUAUAAAAAAAUAAAAGAUUGAUCUAUAUCUUUGGUUUUUAUAUGUAGUUUUUUUUAUCUAUAUCUUUGGUUUUUAUAUGUAGUUAAACUGGAGUGUAUUCCGUGUGGAGGGACAUUGAAAGGAAUAAUUCUCAGUUACAAUUUUACCAUCGGAUAUCAACAAAUAUCUUUCCAUAUUUAUCAUAUAUAUAUUUUGUAACAAAAAUAAAAUAAAAACUUUAUUAUGCUUGUGACUAAUUCUAUUCGUAUACAAAUAGAAUAUGCUAUUGUAUUCUCAUCUCAAUAUAUAUAUAUAUAUAUAUAUAACGCCCUAACCCUAACAAACAUUAAUCAAGACUCUUCAGAUCAGCUUCUCAAUUCCUCGUUGAUUGCGGAGAAAAGAUAAAAAAAAAAUCGACAUGGCGAAGCAAGAACAUAGCAGCAUCUUGGAAGCACUUGACGUUAAAAAGGUUACAUGGUACCACGUCACGACGGUUAUAAUCUCCGGUAUGGGUUUCUUUACGGACUCAUACGAUCUCUUUGUGAUAUCUCUCGUUACGAAGCUCCUUGGCCGUAUCUACUAUCAUCACCCUGGCUCCUCCUCUCCGGGAAGCCUCCCUGAUGGCAUCUCUGCUGCCGUGAGCGGUGUGGCCUUUGCCGGAACAUUUAUCGGACAGAUUUUCUUCGGGUGUCUCGGUGACAAGCUCGGCCGUAAGAGAGUCUACGGCUUGACUCUUGUGAUCAUGACCGUAUGCUCUAUUUGCUCUGGUCUUUCCCUUGGCAGCGACCCAAAAACCGUCAUGGUAACGCUCUGCUUCUUCCGCUUCUGGCUCGGGUUUGGCAUCGGUGGUGACUAUCCUCUCUCGGCUACGAUCAUGUCCGAAUACGCCAACAAAAGAACACGUGGCGCGUUCAUAGCAGCUGUUUUCGCUAUGCAAGGGUUUGGGAUCUUGACCGCGGGAUGUGUGUCGUUACUCGUCUCUGCUAUCUUCGACCAUCAGUUUCCGUCUCCAGCCUAUAUGGUCGACCCGGCUGCCUCAACCGUCCCGCAGGCAGAUUACGUGUGGAGGAUCAUUCUCAUGUUAGGCGCUGUACCGGCUCUAUUAACUUACUACUGGCGUGCGAAGAUGCCUGAAACAGCUCGCUACACUUCUCUAGUCGCUAAGAACCCGGAGAAAGCGGCUUCAGAUAUGUCUAAGGUUCUCGAUGUAGACAUUGAAGCCGGUUUUGCGAAGAAUGACCAAGCUAGGGUUUCUUCAGACGAGUUUGGCUUGUUCUCCAAGAAAUUCCUCCGUCGCCACGGGCUCCACCUGCUCGGAACAGCCACCACAUGGUUCCUUCUCGACAUUGCUUUCUACAGCCAAAACCUCUUCCAGAAAGACAUCUUCACCACCAUUGGUUGGUUACCCUCGGCCAAAACCAUGAACGCAAUCCAAGAGCUGUACCAGAUCGCUAAGGCACAGACCCUAAUUGCUCUUUGCGGCACCGUUCCUGGUUACUGGUUCACCGUAGGUUUAAUCGACUGGAUGGGACGGUUCAAGAUUCAGGUCCUUGGAUUCUCUUUUAUGACGGCUUGCUUGAUUGGUCUAGGCAUACCGUACCACCAUUGGACCUUACCACAUAACCGAAUCGGUUUCGUUGUUCUCUACUCUCUCACGUUUUUCUUCUGCAAUUUUGGACCUAACGCAACUACUUUCAUUGUCCCGGCUGAGAUUUUUCCAGCGAGGCUAAGGGCCACUUGUCAUGGUAUCUCUGCGGCUUCGGGUAAAGCCGGUGCGAUGGUUGGUUCUUUUGGUUUUGCUGCUUUGGUGAAGGCUGUGGGGAUGAAAAUAACCUUACUGAUCAUGGCAGGAAUCAGUUUUCUUGGCUUGCUGUUCUCGUUUCUUGUUCCGGAGCCUAAUGGAAAAUCGCUUGAGGAGCUUUCCGGCGAAGCUGAACCGGAGAAAAUCUAGGAGAAUAUUGUUGUUUAGAUUUCUUUUGUUUUUUUUCUCUCUUGAUUAUCGUGUUUAAUUAGGAUAUUUCUUUUUCUUUUUAUUAGAUUUAAUGAGUUUUUGUUUGUUUACGAAUUAUCCUAAUUUUAUUAUCAGAUUUAUAUAAUUUAAAAGAUAAUGACUUUUUUUUUUCUAAAGUGACUAUUCGAAAUUGAUAUGGAGUGUUUUUUCUUUUCUUUUCUUUUUUCCUCUAAUGCAAAACAACACACUUUUUGUUACUCUCUCGGGUCUCUCAGCUAUCCUAAUCCCAUUAUGUUUUCUAGGUCAAAUUUCGAUAGUGGCAAUAGUAAAUACGGCUAUUAAUAAUAAUCAUUAGUCUUAUAUGACAAAACUAAAAAGUACAACAAUAAAACAGAGGGAUAUUAUCGAGAUAUAUCAUAUGAAGGCUUUUCUUCUUCUUAUUAUCUUAUAUUGGAUAUUAAAAUAGAAAUUAUGAUUUCGUGUAUAAAAUAAACAUUCUUUUAUAAUAAAAUUUAUAUUAUCUUUCAUAUUUUUUUGUCAUCAACAUAAACAGAUUUCUAAAACUUUGUAAACCAAACCGGUAACUAUGAUCCAUGUAAACGACAAAAGACAGCUACUUCUUGGCACUGCAUGUAAGACAAUCCUCCCGAGUAUUCUGUGUUUUGGGUACAUAAAUGAUGUUCGAGUUGUUCAAACUUUCCUUCAGCAUCUUGAUAUUUUCCAAAUAACUUGCAAAAGUUAGCCAUUCUUUUUGCUCUAAAAUUAUCUUCACCAGUUGAGAACAAUCUAUUGCAAAUGUGAUCUGAAACAGACGUAAAUUCUGCAUACAUUACAUUGCCCAAAUAAGCGCUUACACUUCCGUGUGAAGAGGUGACAGACUCGCCCUUAUAUUCCUUGCAACCAUCAAACCAUCAAAACCUUCCAAAGUAGUAUAUCAUUCUUGUCCUCAAAAAAAUCUCAUCAUCUUUCGAUGAUCCAUCUGUAAAGCACCAUCUACCUGGAAUGAUUGGUAGGUUAGUGGCCUCGACCUCUAUAUUUUGGGGAAUCCUUUGUGUCAGUGAAACAUGUGCUCCAGUCCACAAUAGAGACUCUGUUUCUGCCAAUUUUAAAGUGUCCCUAGGAUCAAUAUCUAUAUUACUAAAAAAAGUUAUUAUUUCGUCCCUUCCAGAAGUACCAUAAUAUCCAAAAAAAAUUGAUGAUCCUCCAUUUGUGGAACAAUUCUCCAAAAUAAAUGAUUCAUAUUCGCGAAAAAUGAUGGAUUAGGAAAAACAACUGGAUUCGAUGGGAUGUUGAGAGUGCCCAAACUUGUAUCGUCGGUAGACAUUCAAAAAGCACAUGAUUUAUUGAUUCCUCCAGUGCCCCACACCUCAAACAGAAAAUAUCCCCUUGCAUUCCCCUUGCUCCCAAGUUUUUCUUAACUCCAAUGCAUCAUGAUACUAUUUCCAUAAGAAAUGCUUCAUUUUCGGUAUGUAUCUUAUUUUUCAGCAAAACGCUUUCAAAAAAUCAACCGAACGACCAAAAACUAGUAGCGGUUUAUCCUUGCCAGUGUAGACACGUUCUACUAGGUAAACAAGUUUCACUGUAUAUUUUCCAUUAUUUGUAAAAUGCCAUCCGUCUUUGUCAACCAGCUGUAUCCGAUUCAAAGCGAUACUUUCUAUGAGUUUCACAUCAUGGACAUCUACUAAAGUUCGAAUUGCCUGUGAAUUCCAUGUUCGUGAUGAUGUAUUGAUGAGAUAAUUGACUGUAAAGUCAUGGUAAAGAUUAUGAUGGUUACUAUUUGCUGGUCUCGGGAGAGCGGUUGGGAGCCAAGUACUGAUAUGGUUCAUCCUCAUCAUCCCAUUCUUUUGAUUAGUCAUUUGCUUACUAGAGAUCUAGUUGAGACAAUACUCCUCCAGCCAUAUGACGGGGAUAUGAUCUAAUCGGGUCUAGGGAUGAUGCAUUCCUGAAGUACCAAACUUUAAAAACUCGAGAAACAAAGUAUUCAGUUUCUCGAUUAAUCGCCAUAGCUGCUUUCCUAGCAUGGCCGUAUUAAAAUCCGUGAGAUCUUUAAAUCUCAAACCUCCUUCGUCCUUAUUGAGAUAAUUUAUCCCAUGAUUUUCAGUGCAUACUUUUUGUAUUUCCUUUUGGACUCCACCAAAACUGUACUACCGCACUCGUUAAUUUCUUUGUUACUGUCUUUGGUAAAUGAUAGCAGGACAUCACAUGAUUUGGCAAGGCUGUAAAUGCCGAUUUAAUAAUCAUCUUCUUCCCCCCUUGGAGAAGAACUUAAAAGUUCAUCCAUUAACUCUAUUGCUUAAGAGAUCUUGAAUUAAAUCAAAAAUCUGUAUUUUCUGUCCUCCCAAACUUUUUGGUAUUCCCAAAUACAAUCUCAUCUCGCCUAUAUUUUGUAUCUUUACAAUAUUUUGCCGAGUAAAUUCUUCAAUUUUAUGUCCAAAUUGAAUGGAAGAUUUCUGGAUAUUUAUCAGCUAACCCGUACCGUCUCAUAUUCCUUUAAGAUCUUUAGUAGGGAUGGACACUUUACCCGAUAUCCGAAGUGGCACCUGAACCCGAUCCGAAAAACCCAAACCGAAAUCCGAACCGAAGUAGUAAAAUAUCCGAACGGGUAUUGAAUUAGGAGAGAUUGGAUAUCUGAACACGAACGGGUAAUAUCCGAACCCGAAUGGAUAUCCGAAAAUAACCGAACAUAUAUAU